GGACCUGCGGAGCUCGGGCGAGAGGAGGAAAGAGAUGCAAAGGAGGGGAGAUUUCUCGCCUGCCGCUCGCGCUGGGGCUCGAUGUGAAUAUAUAUUAUGUCUGCCUGUUCUCCCCUCGUCGGUGGCUAAGGUCAGCCGCUUGGAACAGUCCCGGGAGGAGGGGGGCAGAAAGGGGAAAAGGGGAGGGGGGGGUCCGGCGUGUCACGUGACCCCCAGGGGUGCCAAUGUCCGGUUGUGAGGGUAGCAGGCCUUCGCAAGUUGCCACCCACUGCCAGCGAUGCAGAAAGCCACCUACUACGACAACGCCGCGGCUGCACUCUUCGGAGGCUACUCGUACCCAGGCAGCAAUGGCUUCGGUUACGACGGCCCCCCUCAGCCCCCCUUUCAGGCCGCCACGCACCUGGAGGGUGACUACCAGCGUUCAGCCUGCUCGCUGCAGUCCCUGGGCAACGCCACCCCACAUGCCAAGAGCAAGGAGCUCAAUGGCAGCUGCAUGAGGCCCGGUCUGGCCCCUGAGCCCCUGCCCGCUCCGCCAGGUUCACCCCCGGCCAGCGCCGCACCUACCAGUACCACUAGCAACAGCAAUAACGGGGGCGGUCCCAGCAAAAGCGGCCCCUCCAAAUGCGGUCCCGGCUCCAACUCCACCCUCACCAAACAGAUAUUCCCCUGGAUGAAAGAGUCGAGGCAAACGUCCAAGCUGAAAAACAGCUCCCCCGGCACAGCAGAAGGCUGUGGCGGCGGCGGCGGCGGCGGAGGAGGAGGCGGCGGCGGCGGCGGGGCUGGCGGGGGCGGCGGCGGCGGCGGGGGCGGCGGCGGCGGCGGGGGAGGAGGGGACAAGAGCCCCCCGGGAUCGGCGGCGUCCAAGCGCGCGCGCACGGCGUACACCAGCGCGCAGCUGGUGGAGCUGGAGAAGGAGUUCCACUUCAACCGCUACCUGUGCCGGCCGCGCCGCGUGGAGAUGGCCAACCUGCUCAACCUCAGCGAGCGGCAGAUCAAGAUCUGGUUCCAGAACCGGCGCAUGAAGUACAAGAAAGACCAGAAGGCCAAAGGCCUGGCUUCGUCGUCCGGGGGUCCCUCUCCCGCCGGCAGCCCCCCGCAGCCCAUGCAGUCCACCGCCGGCUUCCUGAACGCCUUACACUCCAUGACCCCCAGCUACGAGAGCCCGUCCCCGCCCGCCUUCGGCAAAGCCCACCAGAAUGCCUACGCGCUGCCCUCCAACUACCAACCCCCCCUCAAGGGCUGCGGCGCCCCGCAGAAAUAUCCCCCCGCUCCGGCGGCGUCAGAUUACGAGCCCCACGUCCUGCAAGCCAACGGGGGCGCCUACGGGACGCCCACCAUGCAGGGCAGCCCCGUGUACGUGGGAGGGGGCGGCUACGCGGAUCCGCUGCCGCCCCCUGCCGGCCCCUCCCUCUACGGCCUCAACCACCUGUCCCACCACCCUUCGGGGAACCUGGACUACAACGGGGCGCCCUCCAUGGCCCCCAGCCAGCAUCACGGACCCUGCGAGCCCCACCCCACCUACACAGACCUCUCCUCUCACCACGCGCCUCCUCCUCAGGGUAGAAUCCAAGAAGCGCCCAAAUUAACACACCUGUGAUGGGGGAGGGGGGAGGUCAAGGUCGUGGGAGGCCCGCCAGGAGAUCCCCCAGGGAGGUGGGGGUGGGUGCAGAGAGAGUUGCGGGAGGUGGUCUCCAGGCUUGCAGGUG